AUGUGUUGAAAGCAUAAAAGUGCAUGACAUUUCUUAAUUUCUUUUCAUCUCGAAUCUUUUAUACAAUUACCAAGGUUUCUCAUCUAUAAAAGCUCUCAAAAGAUAGCAACAAAUCCAAUUCUUGUCUAUCUAGGUAAACGUUUUUUGGAUAUAUACAUAAAACUCAAACAAGCCACUAAUAUUCCAUUUAAUGGCUUCGAGUUAAGCUUCAACAAAAAACAGUCGCAAACUGGUAAAGAAAUGCUUUAG